AGAAACAUAUUGAAGGAGCCAUGGCACCCUACCAGACAAGGCAGAAGAUCAGACAAACUUACUCGUGGGUUGGCAGGCCACUGCUGGAUCGCAAACUGCACCACCAAACUUACAAAGAAAUAUGUAUGAAAGUAGGUUGUUCGACUCAGAUGCACAUUCAAGUUGGACAAUUUGUGUUGAUUGAAGGGCAUGAUGAAGAAAACCCCUAUAUUGCUAAGUUGAUUGAGUUGUUUGAAGAUGAUUCUGAACUUCAUUCCAAAAAACGUGCUCGAGUACAGUGGUUUGUCCGAUUCUGUGAAGUCCCUGCCCAUAAACAGCACUUGUUGGGACGGAAGCCUGAUGCGCGGGAGAUAUUCUGGUAUGACUACCCUGCCUGUGACAGCAACAUUAGUGCUGAGACCAUCAUUGGCUCUGUUCAGGUAGUGGCUUUAGCUCCAGAUGAAGUGAUACCUGUGGGUCUGAAAAAUGAGAAAAUAUUUUUCGUGAAACUAUCCUGGAAUGAAAAGAAAUUCAGACCAUUGUCCCCAGAACUAUUUGCAGAGUUGGAGAAACUACAAGAAGGCAGCCCUAAAUGCCGGAAGCCUGUGGAAGCCAUGACUAAGAACACAGAAAGCCCUGCUUCAACCACAGCAAAACAAGUGGCCAAAAGGAUUGAAUCAAGUCACUCUGCCUCUAAAUCUCGCCCAACGCCUGUGCAUCCUGUUGCCCCCACUGCAAGGAAGAGGCUGGAUCUCUGCAGUAAGACACCUAACACUAGGAUGUCCCCUCUGACUUCACAUGCUUCCUUGGAUUCUUCAGGAAGAACUAAGCGAAAAGUGGACUUCUCUGAAACUACCUCACAUACCAAGAGGUCUCGCUCACAUAGAAGUGAGAUGUCUUCUGUAGCUCGGAAAACCCCAGAGAAAACUGGAGAGGCUCAACUCUUUUGUGCCAAGGAUGAUAAGAAGUCUUCACCUAAACUUUGCCUGAUCCUGAGAACCCGAGUACCGGCUUUGAAAACCACCCAGAUCAGUGAUGAGAAAAGACUUACUCCUGUCAAAGGGGGUCAGAGAUCCUUGGUGUCUUCUGUGAUUCUGAAACCAGAAAACAUCAAAAAGAGGAAGGUAAAGGAACCAAAAGCUCAAAAUCAAGCUACCACUACUUCCCAUCGAGUCCGAAGACGGAGUUUUCUCUUGACUUUGAAUCAAAUUAGGAAGCAUCUACGGUUUUUAGAAAGUAAUAAAAGUGACCAAGAAGAGGAAGAGUUCCUGCCAAAAACAGAGGAUUCAGACUCAAGCAAUGAGGAGGAAGAGGAAUUCACUCCAGCCCUUCCAAGGAGAAAUACCAGAUGUGCAUCCAGAAACCUGCGGCCUUCCUCGAAGCCAUCCAUACAGAACCCCUCCAAGACACCAAAGAAAGUGGCCAAGACUAGAGCACUGCGUCUUGCCACUCCCCAGAUCCGGAGUCGAAACCUGGCGGCCCCAGAGCCAUCCAACAUGCUGGAGGAGGCUCGACUGAGGUUACAUGUUUCUGCUGUUCCUGAAUCUCUUCCCUGUCGGGAACAGGAAUUCCAGGGAAUCUACAAUUUUGUGGAAAGCAAACUCCUUGACCGUACUGGAGGGUGCAUGUAUAUCUCUGGGGUCCCUGGAACAGGAAAGACUGCCACUGUGCAUGAGGUGAUACGCUGCCUACAGCAGGCAGCCCAAACAGACGAUGUUCCUCGCUUUCAAUACAUUGAGGUCAAUGGCAUGAAACUGACAGAGCCCCACCAAGUCUAUGUGCAAAUCUUGCAGAAGCUGACAGGCCAGAAGGCAACAGCAAACCAUGCUGCAGAACUGCUAGCCAAGCGAUUCUGCACUGGCAGGUCCCCUCAGGAAACUACUGUUCUGCUUGUGGAUGAGCUUGACCUUCUGUGGACUCACAAACAAGACAUAAUGUACAAUCUCUUUGACUGGCCCACUCAUAAGGAGGCCCAACUGGUAGUCCUGGCCAUUGCCAACACCAUGGAUCUGCCAGAGCGGAUCAUGAUGAACCGGGUGUCAAGCCGACUGGGCCUUACCAGAUUGUCCUUCCAGCCUUAUACUCACAGCCAGCUGCAGCAGAUCCUAGUGUCCCGACUGAAGCAUUUAAAGGCCUUUGAGGAUGAUGCCAUCCAGCUGGUAGCCAGGAAGGUAGCGGCCCUCUCUGGAGAUGCACGACGUUGCCUAGACAUUUGCAGGCGAGCCACAGAAAUCUGCGAGUUCUCCCAUGAGAAGCCUGACUCCCCUGGCCUGGUCACUGUGGCCCACUUGAUGGAAGCUGUGGAUGAAAUGUUCUCCUCAUCGUAUAUCACUGCCAUCAAAAAUUCCUCCAUCCUGGAACAGGGCUUCCUGAGAGCCAUCCUUGCAGAGUUCCAUCGGUCAGGACUGGAAGAAGCAACAUUUCAACAGAUAUACACUCAACAUGUGGCCCUGUGCAGGAUGGAGGGACUGCCAUACCCAACCAUGUCAGAGACCAUGGCUGUGUGUUCCCGUCUGGGCUCUUGUCGCCUCCUCUUGGUGGAGCCCAGCAGGAACGACCUGCUCCUUCGUGUGCGGCUCAACGUCAGCCAGGAUGAUGUGCUUUAUGCGCUGAAAGAGGAGUGA